AUGACGGACGGUUUGAUCUUCAACCGGUCUCCAGGUCACAGCAACAUGCUGUUUUUCGGGAGUGGCGAUUCCGUUCUUCGUGGACCAAGGUUCGCGAUGGGGAUGGAGGAAACUUCAAAGAGGCGACCCUUUUUCAGCUCACCGGAUGACCUGUUCGACGACGACUACUACGAUGACCAACCGCCUGAGAAGAAGCGCCGGCUAACUCAAGAGCAGGUGCAUCUGCUGGAGAUUAGUUUUGAAUCAGAAAAUAAACUGGAGCCAGAGCGCAAGACUGAGCUAGCAAACAAACUGGGUCUGCAGCCAAGGCAAGUGGCUGUGUGGUUUCAAAAUCGCCGAGCUCGAUGGAAGACAAAGCAGCUUGAAAGGGACUAUGAUCUUCUCAAAUCUUCAUAUGAUUCCUUUCGUUCGAGCUAUGACUUUGUUGUCAAGGAGAAUGAAAGGCUCAAAGCCGAGGUAGCUUCUUUAUCUGAGAAACUUCUAGCUAAGGAAGUGGUUGAAUCCUCGUUUCAAGCUAAGAAAUCCGAGCCAUUUUUGGAACAACAAAUCCUUGUUCCCGUUGUGCAACAUAGUAUGAAGAUUGAGGACCACCAUAGUUGCAGGAGCAAUGGAAGUGCCGUGCUGGACGAGGAUGGUCCUCAUCUCUUAGACAGUGGGGAUUCGUACCUCCUGAGCAAUGACUAUAAUGGCUGUGUUUUGCCCGUUUUUGGAAUGAACUCGGAGGAGGAGGAUGGAAGUGACGAUGGUCAGGGUUACUUCUCAGCCGUUUAUACAACAGACGAUCAGCAGACGAAUGAGAUGAAUAAGGUUAAGGCUAGUGUGAAUAUUCCUUAG